GUAUAUUUGCGUCACAUGACUUGGUUGGGCGUCACAUGCCGCCAUGGCAGCUGCCCUCUCCAGCGAGGAUUUCUCCAAUUUACAGCUUCUUCUGAAGGCUCCUUCUAAAGAUGCUGUGAGAGAUGUUUUUGUUCAGAGUCAUCGAGGUCUAAAUCGCCGGCUGACUGAAAGCAUUGCUGCCACAUUCAGCAUCCCUGCAGCCCAGGCUGCUCAGCUGGUGCAGUCGCUCCACACUCUCUCCCAUCACGUGCUCUUCCACAACCUCAGCUCCCCUGAGCAGAUCCUCGCCACCUUCCCCGAGUCCUUCCACUCCAGCCUGAAGAACCUGGUCACCAAGAUCCUGCUGGAGAACAGUCCGGUAUGGAGGACAGAGGCUCUCAGCCAUCAGAUCUCCCUCCCUCAACUGAAGGACUUGGACUGGAGAGUCGACUUGGUGACCGGUUCAGACUCCGUCAGUCGUAUGUCGGUGCCGACCUGCCUGGUGCAGCUGAAGAUGGAGGAUCCCUGUCCGCCAGCAGGUGUGGAGCCCACUUCCACUGUGACAGUGGAGCUAAGCAGGGAAUCUCUGGACACCAUACUGGAUGGACUGGGACGCAUCAGAGACCAGCUGUCUGUGGUAGCUGGGAAAUGAGAGAGCGGUCCACAGAGGUGUGCACUUGGACCAAAGACUGAUAGCAGACAUGUUGCCACAUAUUCCUCUUUCAGUUUUCAUCUUCAUGCACUUUUUAGUUUAGACUUAAAAACUAAUCUUGAUGAUAUUUUGUGCCAUGAAAAAUAAAUUACCCUCAGUUUUUUCAUCAAGGUAACUUCAGGAAACAAAUUGCUUUGUUAAUAAUAUGAAAACACUUCUAACACCAUUAAACAACUAAAGUAAACAUCACCUGCAGCUAUUUGUCUUAUUUCUUACUGUGCCGCUUUAUUUGGCCACAGAAUACAAGAAUCAGAAACAACUGGUAUCUUGUGACAGAAAUGUGUCUUUUAUUUUGAAAUUUUGUUUGUAAGAAGUCCGAGCUUGAAUUUCAAAAUGAAGGACAAUUUCAAAGUAAAUGUACUUAAAUCUCCUAAUAUUUGUUUAUUUUAAUGUCUACUAAUGUUUGACAAUAAACACUGACCAGUCAGAAUGAUUAAAUGGUACUUUUGCACACAUGUCUAAGUAUAAUCUAGAUCUUCCCAAACCAGCAAGUUUAAACCCAGAACCUUCCAUCAGUGAGAUGACGGUGGUGAAAUCUGGAGUGAAGUUUAGUAUUUGCAUAAGCUUCUGAUUUCAUGUAACAAUAGUGCUAUGGAUGUGUUUUUCUCAGCAAGCUGCAGGAUGAGUUUUGUUUUUGUUGUCUAAUCCACUCUUUACAUUUUCAAAAAAUAGUUACCGGUAAAUGAAAUAACGAUGAUGACCAGCGUGAACUACAUUUCAACUUUUAUUUUACUGCAAUAAAUAAAAAGGAAAAGAAGAAGGCACAUGCUAACAUGAUGAGAAAUCCAAUUACCUUUGGAGAUAUUUAUCAUAGAUAUUACAUGUUUUGGACACACUUUUUGUUAUCUAUUGUUGUAUAAACUCCAUAUAAACUGAAUAAUGGCUAUUUUUUCAAAAAUUUUGAGUAAUUUUAUUACAUUAUUUCUUAUUUGUACUUUAAAUACCUGAACUGUUAUGAUAUAGGGUGUUUUCUUGUGGGUGGUGGUUUUGCUGUGCUUAUUUUCUUUACAAGUUCUGUGUCACCGGUUUGCACUAUUGUCUCUUCACCCCUUUUGAGUGCAUUAGAAGAAGAAAUGAGGAGGAAUCAUCAUGGAAAGAGAAGCCCAUUCAUGGUCUGUAUCAUUGACAGACAUUGAAAGGUGCUACCAGUGAUUAUAAAGGCUAGUCUGAAGGACAGCACCUUGGCUUUAAUCAUCAGCACAACAACAGGGCUUAACCCAAGAGAGAUGGAAGCCAAGGUCUACCACAUCAGACAAGACCCCAUGCAAAUUGCAGAAUAGUGUACAGGAUAAACCAUGUAGUCGUGACUAUAGGUAGGAAGUCCCAAAGCCAAGGUGGAAGAUAACUCAGUGAUGAGGGUCCUGUAUGACUUCCAAGUCCAGGCCAAAGUGUUUUUGAGAUAGAUUAAGGACACAUUUCUGUAGAAAGAAUAUGUCACCACGGCAAACCUGCCAAUAAAAGGCCGCCCAGCCAAAGUCAGGAGCCCAGCAGGGAUGGAGAGCUCCACAACAGAGGUUAGUAUGUCCCUGUAGAACCAUUACUAGGUGCACACUCCACUGGGCUUCAUGGGACGGGGGCCAGUUUGUCAAAUGUCAUGAGAGGGAUUACAGGUUCUAACACAACAACAUUGACAAGUCUAAUAAUGUUUCAAAUCACUGUAAUAAAACAUCUUGGAAAUCAUGUCUCAACACACUACACAUCUUUCAAUUAUCCUCCCAGGCUGUAGCCAUUUAAUGCAAUUGACAGUAUCUUGUUAAUUCAGAUAAACAGGACUACUUUUUCUUUUUUAAUUAUGUUUAUUCAAGAAAGAAAUGUAUUUCAGUUUGGAAAAACAACCUUAAUUUUUUUC